AUGUCGAUAAAUAGCGUCAGCGUCGCGCCCUUCUCGCUCCCCCCGACUCUCGGAAACGGAAGCAGCAGCACUACUAGCAUCGUCGCCGUCGCAGAAGACAUGAAGGCCUCGCAAUACCUACUCACACCGCUGUGCGCGCUGGCCCCCGGGCUGGGCCGAUGCGCCGCCGCAGCGACGUCAUCCGCCUCCGCCGACGGGGAGAAGUGCAGCAGCCUCGUCGACCGGCUGCAGCUGGACAACACGACGGUGUACUCGACGAGCUUCAUCCCGGCGGGUACCAACCUGUCUCUGGCGGAGAACGAUCCGACGUGCGGCCCGAGCUCGCAGCUCGUGCGUUCGGACAUUUGCCGGGUGACGAUGCUCAUCACGACCAGCCCGAGCAGCAACAUCUCGUUCGAAGCCUGGCUCCCGCUCGACUGGAGCGGACGCUUCCUCGGCACCGGCAACGGCGGUCUGAACGGGUGCAUCCACUACGACCACCUCGACUACGGCUCCCUGCACGGCUUCGCCACCGUGGGCACCAACAACGGGCACAACGGCACGUCCGGCCGGCCCUUCUACGAGAACCCGGGCGUGCUGGAGGACUACGUCUACCGCUCGAUCCACCUCGAGGCCGAGCUGGGCAAGCAGAUCGCGCGGCAGUUCUACGGCAGGGAGCACACCAAGUCGUACUACCUCGGCUGCUCGACGGGCGGUAGGCAGGGGUUCAAGUCGGCGCACGACUUUCCCUCCGACUUUGACGGCAUCGUCGCCGGCGCGCCCGCCUUCAACCUCAACGCCCUCAUGUACUGGACCGGCCAGAUGUUCAUCAAGACGGGGUCGACCGACUCGCCGCGCUUCCUCGACUCGGCGGCCUGGGACCUCGUGUACGCCGACAUCCUGGAGCAGUGCGACGGCCUCGACGGUCUCGAGGACGGGAUACUCGAGGACCCGGACCUGUGCCAGUACCGUCCGGAGAAUCUCCUCUGCGGGUCCGGCCGGUCGUCCGGCUGCCUGACGGGCGAGCAGGCCGAGACCGUCCGCGCCAUCUUCUCCCCCGUCUACGGCGCCGACGGCGAGCUGGUGUACCCGCGCUUCCAGCCGGGCGCCAACUCCACGGCCGGGCUGUUCGCCGGCGCGCCUCACCCUUACCCGACCGACUGGUUCCGGUACGUCGUGUACGGCGACGAGACGUGGGACCCCGCCACCCUCAACGUCCAGGAUUGGGUCGCCGCCGACGAGCUCAACCCCUUCAACUCGGCCACCUGGGAGGGCGACCUGUCGGCCGCCAGGGACGCCGGCACCAAGAUCCUGCACUACCACGGCCUGCAGGACCCCGCCAUCAGCAGCGACAACUCGGCCCGCUACUACGACUACGUCUCCCGCACCAUGGACGCCUCCUCCGACGACCUCGACGGCUUCUACCGCUACUUCCGCAUCUCCGGCCUGGGGCACUGCAACAGCGGGAGCGGCGCCAACCUCAUCGGCGCCGACCAGGAUACCUAUGCCACCUACGACCCCGACGCCAACGUCUUGGCCGCCGUGGUCCGGUGGGUCGAGGACGGCGUUGCUCCCGAUCAUAUCCUCGGUAGCCGCAAGACGGCGGCUGGGAAGACGGAUAUCAGCAGGAGGCACUGUCGGUACCCGAGGCGGAACAGGUACAAGGGCGAGGGAGACCCGGCGGUCCCGGACAGCUGGGAGUGUGUUUUCUAG